AUGUCUGGUCUCGUGGAGGAUGGUUUGCUCCAACCCUCACAAAGCUCCCCGACCUCCAUUCAGACCAUUUCUGACCAGCACAUUGGACAUUUGAGAGCAGAAAGGAGAGCAGCAGAGUAUGCGCAGAUUGUGCAAAGCAUCACCCGGGACUCCCCCCCCCGAGGCCUCCAGUCGGCCAUUGUGGACGCGAUGCUCGGGCUGUGCGGAUCCAGCCAUCAGACACAUCAGACACAUCAGACACAUCAGACACAUCAGACACGGCAUCUGCUGUGUGGUUCACGGCCUUCACGGCCAGCAUCGGCGUAUGCCGGAAAACGGCCAGUGUCAGCGGCUCGCUGUGUGCCUUACUGGCUGCAGAAGGUGGGCCUUCUUGCCACCUUUGCCGCCUCCCGGCUCAUCUCGGAUGGCGCGAAUGCGGUAGCGAAUUUGCUGCUGGACGACCUGCGCCGCUGUUUACCCGAAACGGCUCGGGAGCUCCUGGCAUCGGCGGAGGAACUCCGCCAAGGGGCGGCACUGCUUUCGCAGGUAGACGAAGCCAGCGGCGGGAGCUCCCUGGCUUCCCUCCAGGGCGUCCUUGCCGAGGCGGUGGGGCGCCUCGAGAGUCUCGAGGGUGCCAGGAAUGUUGCCGAGGUGAAGUCCGUGCUGCAGGCGAUGGGCCUCACCAAAGGCGAGGCGGAGGAGGCUGGCAUGCUUGCGGAUCUUGGGGGCACGUCUACGUGA